GAUUAUUACCUUUGCUGGAAUUUCUGAGUGCCGUUCUUGCCGAGCCGAUUAGGGUUUUCGGAUUUGGGGGAAGCCUCCGAAAAACAUAGUCCUUCCUCGCUUUCCAUAAUUAUUUUCCUUUCAUUUUGAUGCACAGGAUGAAUGAGGGACUGUGCAGGGAGUAUCUCUCACAUGGUGACUCAAAUAAUUAUUUUCCUUCCAAUUCCUUAAUUUUUAUUCAUAUUUAUCUCAAUUUUAUUCCCUCUGAUUUGUUUAUAGUCCAUGCUAGCUUAAGUACUAAGAGUAUGAAAAAGUCGAUUCCUUACACACUGGGGAAUUAAAAAAUCAAUGUUCUUGAACAUAAUUUCUUUGAAGGUUCGUGUUGAUGUUGACGCGGCCACAUUCUCCAUUGAAAACAUUAGGUGAGUUUCAGUAAUGGCAAAGGCCUAAUGAAGGAUCACAUCCCUUCUUCAGCCGUAUAGCCCAGACACACCCUAACACGGGGAGAGAGAGAGAUCCGUCAAGCGGAGCAAACUAAUGCUAUGGUGAGCUCAGAUGCAGGAACGUCAUCGAGAAACGAGUACCAAGUGUUCUUAAGCUUCAGAGGACCCGACACUCGCGCUGGAUUCACCGACUUCCUCUUCCAUAGCUUGACUGACGCUGGAAUAUGCGUCUUCCGAGACGAUGAAGAGGUCCGUGUCGGUGAAAGGAUCGAUGGAUCGCUUCAGCGAGCGAUCGACAACUCCAGGAUCUACAUACCCAUCUUCUCUAGAACCUACGCUUCAAGCCAAUUGUGCCUCCACGAGCUCGCACAGAUCGUGGCAAACACUUCCAAAUGGGAAGAUAAAAAAGAGAUCCUACCUAUUUUCUUCGACGUGGAACCUGACGAUGUUAAGAUGAAAACUCCGUUGUAUCGCGAUGCCAUACUCAAUUUGGAACGUGAGAAGAAGUUGAGCAAUGAGCAAGUAGAUGCAUGGAGAGAGGCUCUCAUGGAGGUUGAUGCAAUAAAGGGGUGGGAAGUGAAGAAGUACAGAGGCCAUAGCGAUGUGAUUAAAUUGGUAGUUGGGGAGGUCAUGGAAAAGUUGAAGACAAAACAUAGAUCGGUGACUAAACAUUUAGUUGGAAUUGAUGAUCGAGUUGCAGCAGUAACCAAAUUGUUAGACAUCGACUCAAGCGGCGUGCGGCUCAUUGGAAUUCAUGGCAUGGGGGGUAUCGGUAAAACGACUCUCGCCAAAGUUGUCUUCAACCAACUCUCUUCUCAUUUUGGAAAAUGUUGUUGUUUCCUUGAAGAUGUUCGAGCGAAGUCAUCAAGAACUGAUGGCUUAGUUGAGUUGCAAAAAAAGUUAUUAUCCGAAAUGGGCUAUCCUAUAGGAACAAGGAGCAUUGACGAAAUUGAUUAUGGAACAAAAAGGAUUGGAGAAGCACUCAGCAAUAAAAAAGUCCUCAUUGUGCUUGAUGAUGUUGCUAACAGCGAACAAGUGGAGAAAUUAGUUGGAGGGAAUAUUUUGUAUUCUGGAUCUAGAAUAUUGAUUACGACUAGAAAUAAAGAUGUUUUGCAAAUCAAUGGACCAAACUAUCAAAUCUUACAAUAUGAAAUGGAGGUGAUGAGCAGUGAUCAUGCCUUAAAGCUUUUCAGUAGGCAAGCAUUUAACAGAAACUCUCCGUCAGAUGAUUACAAUGAUCUUUCGAGGAAAAUCGUAUAUGCUACAGGGAGACUUCCGUUGGCUCUUGAAGUAAUUGGUUCGUUCCUCUUUAACAAAAGAGAACGAAUAUGGAAAGAGACGUUAGAGAAGUUAAGCAAAACCCCCCACGAGGAUGUUUUUGGAAAGUUGAAGAUCAGCUAUGAUGCCUUAAGUUACGAGCAACAACAAAUUUUCCUUGAUAUUGCAUGCUUUGUCAUUGGUGCGAAUACGAUGUAUGCAAUUUACAUGUGGCAAGAUUGUAAUUUUUUCCCAAAUACCGGAGUUGAUGUCCUCGUUAGCAUGUCCUUGGUAAAGAUUGUGAAGAAUACGUUUUGGAUGCACGAUCAACUUAGAGAUCUUGGAAGGGAAAUCGUUCAUCGAGAAAAUCCAGAGAAUCCUGGAGAGCGAAGUAGGAUAUGGAUUGGCAAGGAGGUCCUCGAUGCAAUAAGAACGAAGGAGAUGAAGAGGAAAGUUAGAGCACUAAAUCUUGAUAAUUAUUAUAAGGUCAUUAUCAGAAGUGAAGAGAUUAAAAGGUUUGAACAUCUCAGGUACCUCAAAUUACUUUCUGGAACUUUCAAUGGUAACUUGGCAAAUAGUCUUACCAAUUUGAGGUGGUUUGUUUGGUCUAAUACUACUCGAGUGUCUUUUAAGGCAACCAAUAUGAGCUUAAAGAAUGUGGUCAUUCUUGAAUUUUCAAACAAUGACUUCAUAGAUGGUUCAAAGCUACAGAACUUAAUCGAGAUGGCAGGAAAAUUGAAAGUUCUUUCUCUUGAAACAUGUCCCAGCAUAAACAGAAUGCUAGACUUCUCUGGAUGUUCAAAUUUAGAGAGGCUUAAUUUCAAAAAUUGUUCCAAAUUGAGGAAAAUUGGUGGCUCUAUUGGAAAGUUGGGGUCUCUUAUUGAUUUGAAGAUUAGUGAUUGCUCUUCUCUUGAAAAUUUGCCUAAAGAAAUCGGGAACCUAGUGAAUCUUAAGCACUUCUCGGUCACGGAAUGUCCAGUGAAGAAACUCCCAGAUUCCAUAUGGAAGUUGAAAUCAUUACGUGAGUUGCACUUUGACAAUGGCGUUUAUAGGCCAGGUUCAGCAAAUUCAUGGGAGUUACCUAGUGCUAUAAUGCUUCAGAAUCUAACAGUGCUUCGACUUCGUAGUCCCAAUUUGAAAGGUCGACUUCCUUCGGCAAUUGGAAGUUUGCCCUUUCUAAGAAUCCUCUGCUUGUCGUGCACUGGCAUCAUUGAAGUUCCAGAGACAAUUAGUACGCUUCCGUGCCUGCAAAUGCUUGAGUUAAUAGAUUGUGAUCAGAUUCAAGAACUGCCGACACUUCCCACAAGUUUAAACAAUCUGCAAGUGUCAUCUAAAUCAUUGCGAGUAGUCCCAGACCUCUCGAAUCUUACUAAUUUGGUUAUGUUGGACCUAUCUGAUGGCUAUCGUCAGAGACAAGGAGGUAAAAUUUGUACCGGUGACUUAGGAGGGAUUGGGAUGUUAUCCAAACUGAAUAAGUUGGACUUGAAACUUCUUGGUGUCCCUGCUUCUUUUGAGUUGGCUUCCCUUUCUCAGUUGAAGGAACUUCAUUUGUCUGGUUUGGACCUGCGAACACUUGCGCAACUUCCAUCGUCUCCGUUAAAUUUAAGACUCGAUAACUUCAAUUCAACUGUGUCACUCUCAUCCAAAUUAGAGAAUUUGUCAAGCUUAAAGCUCUGGUCUUCUCAAGUGCAAGAAAUUCAACUCGACAGGCUUCAAAAUUUAAGAGAGUUGGUUUUGGAAGGCGGUGAAUCCCUCGAGAGAUUCGGGCUGUCAAACAUGAGGAAGCUCAAAACCGUCCUGGUAGAAAAUUGCCCAAUGCUAGUUGAGAUCCAAUUUGCCGGGGUGUUCGAAUCGUUGGUGGAAUUUUAUAUUAAGCAGUGCGAGUCCUUCGGAAGGUUAGUGUAUGCGGGUGAAGUAGAGUUUGCUAAUGAGUUGAUUAUUGGGGAAGGGAGACUAAUUCUCCUGUCGAGAGUAUUAAAUAAGUUGAGACGGUUCACGCUUUUGAGUUGCCCAAAGAUACUCCAAAUUCAAGUACACGGUACAUCGGAAUUGUGGGAACAUUUUAUGGUCUGGGAUUGUCAUUAUUUGCAAAGUGUUCGUGGUUUAUCACACUUAAAGAAGCUCAAGUCUUUAGACAUCACGUACUGCCCUGGGCUACAGGUUGUCGAGGGCCUUGACGAGUUAGAGUUUUUGAUCAGGUUACACAUCUAUAAUAGCUGCCCCUCAUUAGAAAGGUUGAUUGAUGUAUCAACCACCAAAUUGCCAAAUGAUUGCCGCGUGGGCAUCUACCACGGCGGGAAGAAAAGAUUCUCUGGCUCCGUCCAAUCUUACAAGAAUAAGAAGGAUUCACGCUGUCAUCGGACUUGUACGUGUUUUGGAAGCCUGUGAGGUUAUGAGGACAGCUCAUGUCACAUGUUAGCAUGCAAGGGGAGUUUGGCAUGUUUUGAAAGCAGGAUCAACGGACUUAAGGAGUCUAAUCCUGAAAACUUCUGCAUCGGGGCACCAACUCUCAUUCCCGGCCAAUGAUCAGUGCCGGAAUCCGCCACCUGCGAUCACGAGCAUUUACUCGUUUCACUUUGUUUCCAUCACUGGCAACCGGAGUUACAGAUUUACAGAACCGAGAACCAUUCACAGAGAACACAUGCUGGAUGCUGGAAAAAUCCUCUCUAUCGGGAUUCUUCUAAUCAAUUCAUUUCUCUCGCCGACACCGGUCAUGAAUAAGCACCGUCGCCAUCGCCAGUACACCAUUUCGAAGUUUCAAAGUCACACCGCCAAUACUCUAUUUCACUCUGUUUUCGGCUGAGAAGUCUGAAGCACUAUGGGUCCGUUCGAAGCUCCUUUGCCGGCAUCGUCACUGGCGACACUUCCAGGACUUCUUAUUUCUAGUCCAAUCACACUUCGUGACCGGUAAUCGCACCUACCUUCAAAUGCUCUGCUCUCAGCUAUUCUUGGAGGAAAAAAAAGGCCGAGAAGUCUAAUAGAGAUUUGCGUGAAAUCGUCUCUUAUUAACGAUUUGCUAAUCAUCUGAGCUCAUUUUGAUGCUGUUGUGAUAGCUUGGAUUGGAAUAGAUGCUUCGAUGUUGCAGUUAGAUCUCUUGUCUGAACUGAUCACCACAUGUUUGAUGAAAUGCCUCCAUCGCAUCAGUAUGAAUAUAGCUUCGAAUCUGAGUGAGUUCAUCUUGUCUGCUUGAAUGAGUCAAUGCACUGGUUGUAUAGGUUGCAUAAACCUUAUUGAUGUUAACCUUUGAGUCAUUUCC